AAUAUGAUUUAAAAAUGAUGCUGGUAAAAAAGACAUUUUCUUCAAAAACUUUCCCAUAAAAAGAUCUUCCCAUGUUGAAAAUUGAAUUAUCAACGAAUUUGUUGUUUGUUCGGACAAUUGACGCUCAGGAUCAUACGAAAAUCAGAUAAAAUUUCAGGUUAUUCGUAUUUCGGAUACGAAAUAAAAUAAGUUAAAGUAUCAAAUCGGAUACAACAAUGGAGAAAAGGAGAUACAUAUUGGAACCUUUGGGCAAACGAUUUGGAAAAACGGAUCUCGAUAGAAUAGGGUAUUUCCACGAUCCAUCCCCGGCACCCUUCGACAAGUACGAGGGAAUUCCUGUGAAAUUUCGCGAAGGUAUUGAAAAGGGACCUCAAAUGCUGGCGGGGCCAUCGACUGAUCUAUUUGAGGAGAAAUUUGUGCGAAUUUUUGAUGGAGAGGCAUUGCACGAGCCAUGGCGCAUCGAAGCGAAAGAACAGUUGGAACGCGAUAAGGCAAAAAUCGGGGGAAUUCUGUUGCCACCCUCUCCUGCCAAGAAACAUUCCACGCCUGGCGAUUAUCACGGAUGUUUCGAGAAAGUAACUUACUUCAGAACUGCGCCAGAAGAACGCAAAAAGGAAGGACGGAGACCCGAAUUGCCGAACGUGAAGAUUAAACCCAAUCCUCUGGGUGGUCCAGGAUACGCCAACAUUUGUUUGAAUCCCUUUCCAUCGUAUUCCUACGAUCCUUAUGAUCCGCCGCAAGAACGCGUAGCGCAACCGGGUCGAUUUCUGAAUGCCAGCGCGCCACUGGAUUAUUUUUCGCCGAAUCCUUACCAGGACAAGGAUUUUGGACCUACCUACGUACGACCGGUUGAUCGCACGCCUAAAAUAAUAGGCCCUGGUGUUCUUUACGUUCCGUUCCCAAAGAAACCCGGUGGAAAUCACUCUGGUUGCUUCCACAAAUUCCCAUCGUAUUCUAGCGAGCCGUACGACAAAGUUAUCAAGGAAACGCGGAAACCUGUUAGUACGUUUGUCAGUGGCGGGCCACCGCGGCGAACCAAGUAUACUGCUAGUAUAAUUGAUCAAGUAACCAGUACGUCUUGUAACGCGACGAAUUAUAUGGAUUAUAAGCCACAAGUUUAUCCCUUGAACAAAUAGGAAUCCUCACUUCGUCGUUUAUUAUUUUCAAGGGAUUUCGUUGGCAAACAAUGCUUUAUAACGCGCCUGUACUUUUCUAUAAUUUGUAUACUUUUUAAUAAAACAAUAGUAUGAAUUAUCCAGUGGGCAGUGUAUUGAAUUUUAAAAUCGCUUUUCUGCGAAAGGCGGAAGCUAUGACUUGUCAUAGUUUGUCCUCUUCAAUUCGUUCUACUGUACUUUUAUUCACCGAUUACUUCCUUCACCCUCUACUUUCAAACCGUUGAAACGCUAAAGAAAAAGUCCUUAAGACGAACGAUUAUUACCUACGCUACAUUCUUCCGCUAAUACACACAUUUACAUCCUUAAUAGACCAACGAGAGCAAUUAUAUUGCUCGCCACUUCACUCAACUGCUCGCAACACUCGCGUGCUUUUCAGCUGAAGCAGCAGUGCAAAGGGAACAAUUACCGCGAGACCACUAAGAACACGUGUAACACGGUUACUCCCGGUUCUGUCCUCCUUUCUUUUCUUUCUCUCUCUCUCUUUCUUUCGCUCUCCCUGUCUCUCUCUGUCUUCGUUAGUAUACGCGUUUAACGGCUU